AUGGAGAAGCUCAACACUGAAGAUGGACAACUCUUCAUCAAGAAUUUGGCCAGCUUCGUCCGUACGCACGAGAAAGCGCUUGCCAAUGCCCUCCAGCUUCGCCGCCAGUUCAAGAAUGUCGGGACCCCACAAUCGCCAUCCUCCCUCUCCUCCUCCUCCCUGACGUUGGCGUCUGCUCUGUCCUUCGGGGCAUUGAAGUUCACCUCGCAGAAUAUCAAGCCCGCCAAACUCACCCUCACCCCUCACCACCUCUUCUACCUGCUUUCUCGCUUCGAGGAUCUGUCCAUUGCCGUGGGUCCUAUGAACGUCCGACUGGAGAACAUCCAUACCGAGGUAUCGCAGUCCUACGUAUCUUUUCUGAAUAAGCCCCAGCGGUCCAAGGGUGAUGGCGCCUCCAUCCACUCCGUAUCCAGUGUUCGUAGUGUCAUGUCCGGCAUGAGCGGUCUCUGGUCCUCCUUUGGUAUGGGAUCCAAGGAUUCGGCCACCAAGUCCGAUAAGGCCAGACUGGCCCUGGAAGCUGAUCUGAAGUAUCUCUACUCUGCUUUCACCAAAAUCCCCUGUCUGCGACUUGCCCCUGACCACCGAGCUCGCUUGAUCCACGGGUACGAAGAAUUCCCAUUCGACACGGCGGUGCCGCUGCAUUCAUUCAAAAAUUUGAGCGCUUUAGAGAUCAUUGACAUAGACUACCGUUCUUUCUACGGGUGGGACCGACUAUCCGAGCAGUUGCGCACCUUGUCCAUCAAGCGGGCUCAUCUGGAUGAUCCGGCCGAUUUGUUGACGCGCAUCGUCCUGGACGAUAUCGACAAGAGACGGCGACGAUCGGCCAAGUCCCAGCAGUCCCCGCCGCUUGGAUGGAGCAGCACUGCCGGCUCCCAGCCUGUUCAGACCCCCGACCAUUCUUCUCUCUCUGCUCCUGGCUCCCCCGUCGCAGAAACAGCACUUGGAACCAGCAGCAGCCCCCGAGCGGCGCCAAUGCUGCGAGGUGCCUCGGAGGGUGCGAAGCUUCGUACCCGAGCUGAAAGCAUUUCUCCUACCCGGCCGGCCACCAAGCAUGGUCACCGUCACAGCAGGUCUGCACGCAUUCGACGUACUGGCUCGGGAAGUUCGAACUCGAGCGAUACCUCAGGUGGCUAUCGCACUGGGAGCUCGUCGACCCUUCUUCCGGGUGUCCUGCCGCCUUCGAAGUGGCGCUUCCUGCGGCACCUAGGCCUUCCGGAGAACUCCCUUACGUCUAUCUCUGCCGCAAGCCUUGCUCCCGUAGCCAACACGCUGAACUCGCUAGACCUGUCAUCGAACCUUCUCACCGAGGUUCCCGACAGUCUGGCAAGUCUGAUGGCCCUUCGCGCGCUGAACCUAUCCUACUGCAUGAUCGAGUCUCUCCACUCGAUCUCACGAAAUCCUCUUCCCGCCAUCACGGCGCUCAACCUUCGGGGCAACCGACUCCGUUCCCUGGCCGGCAUCGAGCGACUGCUCUCUCUGGAACGAUUGGACCUUCGCGACAACAAUGUCAUGGACCCGACGGAAAUGGCACGGCUUACCAGUCUCCCUGAGAUACGAGAGAUCUGGGUAUCCGGAAACCCUUUUGUGAAGACCCAUUCCGGCUACCGUGUUGUCAUCAUGAACCUCUUCCGUCGAACUCCCGGGUAUGCCGAGGACAUCAUCAUCGAUGGUCGUGGUCCAGGUUAUACCGAGAGAAAGCAACUGGCCGAUCGUGUCGCCGAGCCUGAAGCUACGCCUGUGGUGCGCUCGAGUGCCGCUGAUCAAUCGGUCAUGGUGCAGAAACCCACUGCCGGAGCCCAUGCGAAUCUCAUGGACAAGCCUCUUCCAAAGGCACCGAUUGAGGAGCGUGAGUCUCCCAAGACUGCGCAGCGAAACGAUGUUGAAGGGGGCACUAAAGGUCGCAAGAAGAUCCAGCGCCGCAGAAUCAUCGACCUCUCAAUUGAUAACCCAUUCAACCCAGAUGGCCUCGGUACUCACGAGCCAACGAUGAAUGCAGUCCUUCCAACUCAACAGACUCACGCCCCGAUUGACCCCACUGGAGUGACCCCGUGUGAGCACCAAUGGAGACUGGAUAGCAGCACUCAUUCCGGCUCUUCCAGCAUUCAGAGCCCACUGAAGCAGCCAACCUCCCCUAGUCCGCCUCCGUUGCAGCCCACCAUGGUGCAACCUGUUCCUGGUAGAGAUUGGGGCUUGGACGAGCAGCUGUGUCGCCAGCAGCUCGAGGUUCUCCGACAGGAAGUAGGCCAUAACUGGCUCAAUGUUCUGGGAGAUCAUUCCUGGGACAAUUCCCAGAACCUGGCCGCACACCUGGCUGCGACAGGCCUGGACCACUCUGCCCUGCCUACUGCGCCACUUGCGCGGGCCAACACCCAAGCGAUUCUGAGUGGAGGCCAUGCGUUGGGCGGCUAA